AUGUCUUUCCCGCACCUUCCACUUUCAGCAACCACUACAUUCCUGCGCUUAUGCGACAACAUGUUCACCUCAAGUGCUAUGGACGUCGACAAUACUGUCUAUACUCAGGAGCCACAUCCAAUACGAUCAGACCAUGAAGUAGUACCAGUCGCUGAUCUCUGGAAUGCCAUCUCAAGCAGCCCUUUCUAUCAAGCCAAUGAGACAUACAAUUUGGAGAUCUACUUUGUGAAUGAGCUCUUGCAGGAUGCAUCAGGGGACUACUUUAUACCUGAGCACUUCUUUCUUGUGUCGUACACAUCGACAGGUGAUAACACAGACAAGCAGUUAUACGCACUUGGCUGUACUGUACAACAAACAGAGGAUGGCUUUAUUGUCAGUGAUGAGCAAGAAAUAAUUCUGACAUGUAAUUUUUGA